AUGGACCUCAUAGACGAAAUCCUCGACAACGUGAAGACCAUUGCAGUGGUCGGCCUGUCGGACAAUCCGGCGCGAGACAGCCACGGAGUGUCCAGGUACAUGCAGUCGCAGGGGUACCGGAUCAUUCCGGUGAAUCCGGCGCUGAACGGAGCGACCGUGCUGGGCGAACCGGCCUUCGACGACCUGGCUUCGGCAUCAGCGGCGGCGCAGGCGGAGGGAGCGGCCAUCGACCUGGUGGACGUGUUCCGGCGCAGCGAGUUUGCUGGGGCCGUUACGGAUGACGCUGUCACGAUUGGAGCGCGCUACGUGUGGAUGCAGGACGGGGUGGUAGACCAGGCGGCGGCGCAGAGUGCGCAGGAUGCCGGGCUGGGCGUGGUGAUGGAUGAUUGCAUCCUGAGGCAGCACAAGCGGCGGCGGGGCGGCUAG